AUCCUUCGAUUUCUUCUCCGUUCAAGACAUUAGAAAUAUACAAACAAUAAUGGCGUCCGCAAUUUAUAUUACUGAAAGUGGCCUUUUUUCCUUCUGGUUCUGGUACUGGCCCACUUUUAAGCCGUAAAUUUCCAUGCUGGUCCCCGCUGCUCUGUUUGUUGAAGCACCAAAGACUUUGUCUUCGUCGUGGGAUUGUUAACCUAUAAGAAAAUGACGUUUGACAUAUCAUAAUAGUAGUAGUGUUUUGUUAGAAAAUGGCUUCUAAUACUUAUAGGGUAGAAUGGGUAGAAAUAAUAGAGCCGAAAACAGGCGAGCAUAUGUAUGCGAAUUUAGCAACAGGGGAGUGUGUCUGGGACCCUCCUGAGGGUGUUCCGGUCAAAAGAACCGACUCUAACCAGUGGUGGGAGCUCUUCGAUCAAAACACGGCCCGGUUCUACUACUACAAUGCCACUUCCCAGCGCACCGUGUGGCACAAACCCACAAAUUGUGACAUAAUACCUCUAGCCAAAUUACAAACUUUGAAACACAACACCGACUGCAGUCCCGGGGCUGCUCACGCGCCCACCACCAAUCAGGCCACGCAAACCGGGGAGGCCACAGGCCGCGGCCAAGUGCUAAGUUUAUCAGCGAGUACGCCACAACUGCGGCGGAAGUCGAGUGAUUUGUGCCGAAGUAGCAGUUUUAGUCAGAGAGGUGCCGAAGCACCUUUGUACUCCAACUGGCACGAUUCGCAUUUAUUGCCUUUGGAGCACUUCCUUCUGAACAACAGCCGCGAUUCGGAUAGUGAUCAUUCCGACAGCGGAAGUGAGUCUCUAACUGGCCAUGAGCCCGAUAACGAGGAUUCGGAUCAGUCGGAAGGCAGCUACUUGCCUCACCGGUUCCUCCACAGACCAGUCGAGUACCUCAAUUUACCAACGGCCGUUACCGAAACGAGAGAACCGAAGGACCAUCCCCCGGCCCCCAUCAUGCUUAAACCCCUCGCUGAGCCGCCCUUCCAGCCUGAACGUGAGGCGGACAUGGAGAAGUUUGCGGCUGAUAAUUUGAAUCUUGGGGGCAGGGGGCUGUUCAGGAGGAAAGCAAGUGUUCGCGAUUUGUUAAGCUGGUCGGCUAGGAGUCUGCAAAGGCCUCUCUUAGCCUCAAGUAAACCAGUUGCGAGACAAGCUUUAGAUAUGUUUAGACAAGUACAAAUGUAUAUGGGCGACCGCAAAGCUAGACCUGGAGUUUCUAUGAAUUCGUUACUCAUGGAUAUCCUGGGGACAGCACAUACGCAGUCUCUUCUAAGAGAUGAACUGUUCGUUCAGUUGUGUCGGCAGACGACUGAAAACCCGAGGCGCGAUUCCCUUUUGCGUGGAUGGGAACUACUUACCAUUGCUUUAGCUUUUGUUCCUCCCAGUCCCUUGUUCCAACCAGCUCUCUUAGGCUAUCUCAAUCGACAUAGAGAUCCGGGGUUUUCGAGAGUUUUUCCGGACGUUAGUAGAUGGCCAAUACACGUACAGGUGAAUCAUUACGCAACUGUGGCUUGCCAGCGGUUGGAGCGAAUUGGCGCGGGUGGGAAGAGGUCCGCGCGUCGGCCCCAAAUGGACGAUAUAGAUUCAGCCCGCAAACAAAUAUUUCAAGCUAGUCUUUUUGGUAAUACUCUACGCGAAGUGAUGCAGCUUCAGGCCAGUCGUUGGCCGACUCGUCGGCUGCCCUGGCCUCAAGUGGAGUUGUCUCAGCAAGUCCUCCGAUUACAAGGAUUGAGCACGGAGGGCAUAUUCCGCGUGUCCGCAGACGUGGACGAAGUGAACCGAUUGAAGGCCCAGAUGGACAAAUGGGAACUUAGCGAACCAAGUGAUGCUCAUGUCCCAGCGAAUUUGCUUAAGUUGUGGUUGCGUGAAUUGUAUGAACCUUUAAUACCCGACUCUCUUUAUCCCGAAUGCGUCGCUGAACCCAUGACCUCUCGCCGUGCAUGUGAUCUAGUUCUCCGUUUACCGACUUUGCACAGACUUGUUUUAUGCUAUUUAAUUCGGUUUUUGCAAAUUUUUAAUAAACCUGAUGUUAUCCAGCAUACUAAAAUGGAUGCUUCCAAUUUGGCUAUGGUCUUUGCGCCUAACUGCUUGCGUUGUAUGGCGAGCGAUCCGCGUACCAUGUUCGACAAUGCUCGCAAAGAAAUGGCCUUUAUGCGGUGUCUCAUUCAAGAUCUUGACACCGAAUGUGUUCGCGAUAUGAUCUGACCUCAGUUUAUACAUUUUUACAAAUGUACUUCUUAAUGCAUCAUUUUUGUAUUAUAACCAUAGACAUUACUAUUUUAUUUCUAUUAUUGUCCCUGUAUUGAAAUUUGAUUGUGAUUUAAAUUAUAUUAUUGAAAUAAAUUUGUUUUUUUAAGUAA